AUGGAUAUGAAACCCAUCACCCCUGAGUCUCCCAGCACCAUGCUACGGAAGACGCGGUCUCUCCUGAAACCUGUCAAGCCACCGUUCUCGGACACUGCGUCCCCGUUAAUGAUGAACAGUAUCACCAUGACGACCUCGAUAGAGACCACCAGUUCGGGUGACAACGACUCUCACUCCCACGGCGACAGUAUCGACCAGCUUUUGCCAGGGACGAAGAGCCAUGACAGUCCCGGUCGCGACGAGAUCCAUCUUUCGAGGAGUAGCAGCAGCAGCAUUAGCAAGGCCCACCAAAUCAUGAAGAAGAAACGAGCUUCUUCUGCCGCCAAGAAUGGUGUUACCAGCAUGUCUUCCAAGAUUUCUAAAGCAUUGUUUCGAGGAGAACGGCGCAUGUUCCAAGGGAACUUUUCCAAAAUGCAGGAUUCUGUUGCCACGGAUGAUCAUGGUUCCAAGUUUCGAAGAUCCGCUAGAUCAUCGUUCAAUGUGGUGGAACCUCGAUCUGGUAGUCAAUCCAAGCCCGCCAUGGAUUUUGAGCCACUGCCGUACGACGAACGCGGUGAAGCCUCAUUUGACAAUACAAGUACUGAAAGUCAUCGCCAAUCUUCACCCGAGAAGCCGCCGGAUCUCUUCAGUCACAACAUUUCCGGUUUGUCUUUGGGCAGCACCAGCGAACGCAGUUCUUCGCAGCGGCAUGCAUCAAGAGUCACAUAUCCACACAAUUUGUCGACGGUUGGUUCAGGUGUGUCAGAGAAGACUUCGUCGACCUUGAACUACAGUGCCAGUAUGGGGUCUUUAGACCAACAGCACCAGAGCCUCCAAAGCAGUCUCCGCGGCACCAAAGCCUUGUUUUCGUACGAGAAAGAGGAUGAUUCAUCCACAAUGCGCACGGCUUGCGAGGUGGUCCGUAAACCCUCGGCAUUCUCCCCCCCAGCAGAUGAUGCAGACUCCAGCAUUACUGACUUGGUCAAAGAACGGCUCUUGGACCGACUAGAUCAAGUUGCAAACAAAAUUCCCACAAGACAAUCCUCUGAUGCAUAUCCUGGUUAUGUCAUUUCCAAUACCCAAAGGGACCUAAAUGCCAGCAACGUGUCCACCUCCAACAACAGUGCAAACCUGAAUGCCAGUACUAACAGCGCAAGCAGCAAAAAGAUAGCGCCGUUGAAACCGCCUCCCACCCUACCGCCUAAAGCACCCAGAAAAGCGUUCAUGGAGGCAUACAUUGAAGCUAUAGAGCACAAACAAGGUCAAGAUCCCCCGCAGGUUGGUUUCAAGGAGAGCGACGAGCCUUCUGUUCAAAGUGUACAACGCCCUGAUGACUCUUUCGCCACCAACGACGACGACGGCGCCAAUGACGAUCCCCCAGGAACGAGCACCACCAGUGAUCUUCCUAUCAAACUCCUCGAGCGGCUGGAAGCUGCUAAACGUGAAGAUGACAGGCUGAUGGCGGAACAUCACGAUCAGGACCCGCCUCUGUCGCUACCCAUGACCACAGACACUUCCUUUGGGUCUUCCACUAUUGCAUCGACCACGUCGAUUGCCGUUCGAAACAGGCAUAGGGUUGUCAGCAAUACCAGCGCUAUUAGCUACUCCUCUCUACGACGGUCGUCAGCUGCUUGUUCGCAGGCAUCCAAGUCUACAGCACAAGUAACGAAUGUCCGUAUGCAAACUCUGGAUCCGAUUGCUUCUAACAGCCCUUAUGCACAGUUCUUGAUGGAUGUUGGGGACGCCGAAUCAGGACGAUGCAAUCAAGAAUCACAAUCUAAAUCAAGUGUUUUCAGUGAGGCAAUGUCCACGACAUCACUGAUGGAUAAUGAAGCGGACGAGGAAGAUGUGAUUGUUGACCAACCUGCUCUCAAUGCCAACGCGGACACCACGCCCACCAACGAAACUAACAGCAACAUCCUAGAGUGCAAAGGCGCAGCUGACGCCGAAGAUCAUUCCAAGCUCUGUUAUUUGUACUCCCAAGACGGUGAGUUUGAGAACUCCAUUCUGAGCCCCACAGGCCAAAGUGUGCACAGUGCGCCAAUAGGGGACGGCGGAGCCAGCACAAUGAGCGGUCACAGUCGCUGUCAAUCCCUUCCUGCCCACGGUCCAAGACUAAUGUAUCGUUCAGACGCGAUCAAUUCGUUUUGGGACCAAGCACAGUGUCCUCAAGAAACAAACCUGAACUGCAUCCCCGAUGAGAACUCAUGUGUUGCCUCAAGUGUUGGCAGCACAUGGACCCGGAGCAGAACCGCCCCUUCAUCUGGUGCUACAGCGUUUAGUGCUGCAACCGGUAACGACGAUGAUGCCACAGAAGCUGGUUCCAUCGUGCCAGAUGAAAUUCUAAACAUAGUUACUGGAGGUUGCACUGGACCACCUGACCCGGCGGCCAAAGAGGCUCUCAAUGAACGACUCGUUGCUCUGGAAGCUGGAUGGAGCGGUUUCCGCAGCCACGUUAACGAAAGAAUGAGUGAUUUCGAAGAAUCAUGGAAAUCUUGGAAUCUGAACUCGUUGUUGCGAUUCUCGUCUCCUCUCUCGACAAAAAAAGAGACCACGGCCAGUUAUGCUACGGGACAAGCAGAAAGCAACAAUUCUGCGACGGAGCAACUAGAAACUGCUGUGAAGCGGGAGGACGAUGAAAACGUGAACGCAACUCCAACAAGAGAAUCUUGCGACGCCAGCAGAGCACCCAGCAUGAUGGCAACAUCAACCGUGAUUACUACCCCACCGAGCCUCAUGUCUACGUCAGACAAACUUCCAUCUUUGAACAGUGACAAACUUCCAUCUUUGAACAGUGAAAAACCUGUUGCUGAGACCCCAAACAACCACGCCGCAGCAGUAAAUCGGUCCAUGUCUUCACAACAAAACCAAGUAGUGCAUUUGGAGGUUGAAUGUCAGCUGGAGGAAGAAGUCGAAGCCCUUGAUGCUAUGAUUGAAGCCUUAGAAGUCAAGAACAAGUCAAACAGUAGCCCGAUGGAUACCACCCCUGAGGUCGAGAGUGUGGCUGAGAGCGUGGUAAUGAGCAUCGUGAAGGAACUGGAGCGAAGCCGCAGCCGGGGAAGCAUCGCAAGCCAAAGCCAACCUUCCGUCUCUGCGCGGAGUCAGAGCACCGCUGCUCCAGCAUCCACUAUCACCUCAUGCAUUCACACCCCGAGCUUAGAUUUGUUUGCAGAGGCCGCACGGCAGGAAGCUGAAAAUGAAGACGUGGAGCUAAAGAUCAUGAUUGGCAGUACCGAACAUGAAAUCCCCUUGUCCCUCAAGAAUACUUUGGCCGAAAUCUCCAUGAUUGCCGACGCCAACGGGAACGUGGAGAGCUUGCCCUGUCCUAAGGCCUUGGAGUCUUCCCGCGAAGAUUCCGAAGGCGGUAGAGUUAUUCUGGACGCGGCAGACUGGGAUCCGGUGAUGAAUUCCUCUACCGACGAAUCCAUCUAUGGCCAAGCAGCGGCAAAGGCAUCUAUUGCGGCAGCUGAAUAUCGACACCGACAUCAAAGUGGUACCCUACCUCCAUUUGCAGAUGCCAACGACACUUCCUCUUCGUCUUCCAAGCGCCAUGGUCGGUUCUUCUUUCGCCGCCGAAAAAACUCUGACAGCGGGAAGAAGAAGAAACUGUCACAGCAGAGUCCCACAUCUGUGAUGGCUGAAAUAUGA